CCUGAGACGGCGACAUUUGAGCUUCUGCAGCUACCACUGGAAAUCCGGAGACUGGUAUACUACCAAUAUUUAUUCAAUGGUAAUAGCAUGUGUCGAAUAUCAACUGCAUACCAAAUUCCAACAAGGGUUGUGGCGGAAACCGAUGCUCCUGUGAACCAGAGUCAGGUGAAAGCAUCGUCCCGUACAGCUAUAGCGGCGAGUCUGAGAUCUACUGUCAACGCAAUGCCGCUUCUUUUGUGUUCAUCUCAAAUCUAUAAUGAAGCAAUUGAUGUCCUAUAUAGGGGCGCUUCGUUUUACUUUGACGAUCUAAACGUUCUG